CAUCAUAAAAGGCACUCUGCGGCCGCCAGUUCAAGCAACAGUGCCAGCCUCUACGACACGUCUCUGGCGCCUAAUUCAUUCUACUUCAAACACACGUCUACAACACCAGCCCCCAGCAACCCCGCAAGCACCAAACACCAACUCAAAGAUGCCUUCCUACAUCGUUACGUGCAAGGAGGAUGCCACUCCUGAGCAGGUGGAGGCCGCCAAGAAGCACGCCACCGAUCAGGGUGGCAAGAUCGGACACAGCUUGGACAUCAUCAAGGGCUUCUCCGUCACCUUCCAGGAAGACGCCGUCACCACCCUAGAGUCGCACCCGCACAUCCACGCCGUCGAGGCCGAUGGUGUGGUGACGACCCAAUAGACGCGAGCAGGAGAUAUAUCCCAUGGUGGAACUUGUAUCCGAACACACGCAGGUCGACCGGGCUUGGUCCUUUCAGGCCACCCAUCGCAAAUCAAUUUCACAUUCCCAACAUCUCACUGUGAUUCUUGUGCUUGUCAUGAAUGAUUGUCCGCUCUCAGUACGG